GGGGAGUGAGGCUUCCGCUUGACUCGCGCUCCACUUCCCAGACCCCGGAUUCGAAGCCAUUCUUUCGCUCUGGAGAGGCAAAAAAGGGAGACUUCACUCCGAAGCGAGACGGGGAACUCCACGGGCCGCGGCACACGGCGGAGAUCGGCGAUGGCCGCAGCAUCCGCGGGCGCAUCUCUUCCAUCCUCCUCCACCUCCUUGGGCGUCGGUGGCGCAGGCGCCGCGGCUUUCAAUCCCUUCGAUCUCUCCUCCGAUCCGCCGCCGCCGCUCGUCCUCUCGCGCGACCAGCUGAAGUACUGCUCCGAAGCCCUCGCCUUCUUCAAGAAGAAGCUCAAAAACCCCGCCAAGAUCAGCCAGGAAUUCGAUCGGUUGCAGGAGAUGAGGUUGUCAAAGGAUGAGAUGGUAGGGAGAUGCGGGGUAGCUCUUCAAGAUGCCAAUUUGAACAAAAAUCGCUAUAUAGAUGUCCUGCCAUUUGAUGACACCAGGGUUGUUCUUAAUUCAAGUAGGGACAAUAAAUCAUUGGGAAAUGACUAUAUCAAUGCAAGCUUUGUUAAGAUUGCUUCUGGUGGAAGAGUUUCACGAUUCAUUGCCACCCAGGGUCCACUUCCAGAGACCUUUGAAGAUUUCUGGGAGAUGAUAAUUCAGUAUCGCUGCCCUGUGAUUGUGAUGCUCACUCUUGUUGAUAAUCCCAAGAUGAUGAAAAAAUGUGCUGAUUAUUUUCAAUCGGAGAAUGGUCUGAGAGAAUUUGGAAAAACAAGCAUUUUCACUAAGAGUGCAAUAAUCAGUAAGUCUUCAUUAGUGCUGCGUUGCUUGGAGGUGAAGCACAAAGAGUCAAAGGAGUCUGCCCGGCCUGUUCUUCAUAUUCAGUACCCUGAGUGGCCUGAUCAUGGGGUGCCUGAUGAUACCGCCUCUGUUCGGGAAAUUCUGAAGAGGAUAUAUCAUGUCCCGCCUGAUCUGGGCCCUAUAGUUGUGCACUGCAGUGCAGGUAUUGGAAGGACUGGUACAUAUUGUGCAAUUCACAAUACCAUCCAAAGGAUCCUCAUCGGUGAUAUAUCUUCGUUAGAUCUUGUUAAAACUGUUGCUGAUUUCAGAUCUCAGCGGAUAGGGAUGGUUCAGACAAUGGAGCAGUUUUUCUUUUGCUAUGCUGCAAUUGUUGAUGAACUAGAAGAGCUUGUGUUAAAGUCCAAUCAAUGAGAAAGACCUUUCAAGGAGAUUAUGAAGUUUGGCAAUCUAUUACCUCAUCAAAUGUUAGAAGGCAGUUACUGCAGGAAUAUUCCUGUAUCAGAAUUUGAAUAUGUACUCUUCGUGGCCUUUACAGUGCUGCUGCUCAGAUGCAGCAAGGCAAUGAAAGUGAACUAUAGUGAUCAGUGAAGACGCAAGCCCCAAACAAUUUCCUAAAUUCAAGGGUACAUGAAGCUUAACCCUCAUGAUUACGAGUCAGUUACAUUUUGCUAUCACAUUCUCAUUUCUAAAGCCAGUUGAUUCUCCGUUAGUGGCAUCUCCUUUUGAAGAAAUCAAGCAACUGCAAAGACAUAUUUAUCACUUAACAACAUUUCAUAGUGUUUUAUUGACAUGUAUCAAAAGAUUCCCAAACCCGAGAUUCUUCCAUUUUUAUGACAAGAGAACAGUGGGAUCAUUUAGCUUGAGUACAUGGUGUUUCCGAGAGUUCUGUUGCUUGAUUAUAUUAAUUUUUAUAUCUCUAGAGAUAUUGAAGGUUCCUUUUGCUACCAGCAAGAUAAAAAGACCUUGAACCGGCAGCGUAGCAGCCUUCUUGGUCUAUGAUGGACUCAUGUAGUAAUUGAUGUUCAUUGAUGGAAUCCCUUUUUGUUCUCCGAA